UACACCACCCCGACGACGCCGGACCGAGACUAAAUAUUUUACGAAGAGCCUUUGAUUGCCGUGACGCCCGUGACUGAGAGGAUAUUGCAUCGCCGCCCGACGGAUAACUAACUCGUUAUUGGACCAGACCGGCCGAGACAGAGUGGCGCGUCGCUUGCUGCCCAUGGAACCCGAUCACAGGAGGACCAGCAGCAGGGACGUCCUGGUGGCGACCUCAAGAGCCCGGUGACCCCGCCCCACCCCGCCCCACCACAUGCUCAGAACGCCCGCGGUGUGGGCCAGCAGGCCAGAGCAGCACGCCCGUAAGAGGCGCUUGCCCUAUUUUAAUUUUUUAUUUUUCUGACAAACUGUGAUCGCCCCCAUACUAGUCACCAAGAUGUACGCCAAAAAGUUCUACAGUCGGAUCGCCGACGACUUCCGGCACAAGGAGCUCUUGCCGCUCAAGAUGCUCUUCUUCGUGCACGCGUCAACCGUCCUAGUGCUGUACCCCUACCUGACGAUCCACAUGAGGGAGCUGGGGAUCAACGUGGAGGAGACGGCCAUCAUGUCGGCCGUGACCCCCGUCGUGGCCAUCGUCAUGCCUCCCCUGGCUGGCAUCGUCGCGGACCGCAUUGGAAACUUUAAGCUGAUGCUCGCCGUCUUCUCCAGCCUGGGCGGGCUGGCCGCGCUGCUGCUGCUAGCCGUGCCCGUGGGCCGCUACAACGUCAAGUACCCGGACCGGGUGUUCCUGACGGUGGGCUGCUCGGGCGGCAGCCUGCAGGCCGCGUGGGCCGACACGCACCCGUGCCGCGCCGCGCCCUGGUCCGGCGACCUGCUCAACGUGACGCUGGACAACUGCGGCGUGUCGUGCCGCGCCGACCUCCCGGACGCCGGCCAGCUCAACAGGACGCUGCGCGGCGCGCCCCGCUUCUCGCUGCGCAUCGCGGACCAGAGCCACAGCGACACCUUCUCGUACGCGCUGCCCAUGAGCGGCGGCAGCAAGGCCGCGGACGCGCGCCUUCUGGCCCGGCAGAACUCCGGCCCCUGGGCCUACUUCCCCACGCCGGGGCUGCACACCUUGACCUGCAGCCUGGCCGCCCCUGGCACCGGCAACGACACCGCGACCGCAGACCCGCCCGUGGGCCAGGGGCUGGGCUGCAGGCUGGGCCGCGACGGUCCCCCAGGACACGGCAAUCCAGUGGACACGCCAACGACGCGCACGCGUCUGCUCACGUCGCUGGCGCCGCUGAGUCCGCCCACCCCGAGCAACGCGGACCAGCGCUGGCUGGUGUCCGGGCUGCGGCCGGCGGAGGCGGCGGGGUUGGCGGGCGCGCCGGUGCUCAGGGAGGCCACCUGCAGCGACGCGUUCGCGCGACCCGGGCGCAGCGCCGCCGCCUGGGUGUCCACCGCCGAGCCGCACUCGCCGGCCUCCUCGCUGUCCGAGUGCGUGUCCAGCUGCCUCGUGUCCGCGCCCCGCGCCAGCUUCUGCUCCAACGCGCAGGACACCAUCGAGGUCGACCCCAGCUUCACCUUCUGGAUGUACCUCACCGUGCGCGUCUUUGUCGGUGUCAUCAGCGGCACCUCGUUCGCCAUGUUUGAGGGUGCGGUGAUCGCCAUCCUCCGCGAGCACAACGGCGACUACGGCCUGCAGCGGAUCUACGCCUCCAUCGGCGGCAUGAUCUCGUCCCCGCUGUCCGGGAUCAUCAUCGACUACGCCAGCAGCGGCAAGCACUACACGGACUUCCGGCCGGCCUUCUACCUGUACGCGGCGCUCAAGCUCGCGAGCGCCCUCCUCAUGCUCCGCAUCGACCUCAAGUUCAAGGCGCCGGCCAAGAACGUCGUCGGCGACGUGCUGAACGCCCUGAAGAACGUCGAGAUGGUCUGCCUGUUCAUCGUGUGCUUCCUGCUUGGCACGGCGUGGGGCUACAUCGAGAACUUCCUGUUCUGGCUGCUGCAGGACCUGGGCGGCUCGCGCUCCCUCAUGGGCGUCACGGUGACGGUGGGCGGCAUCGCGGGGAUCCCGCUGCUCGUGCUCAGCGGGCCCAUCAUCGCCCGCGUCGGCCACGCCAACGUGCUCUUCAUCGGCUUCGUCUUUUACGCCAUCCGCCUGUUUGGAUACUCCAUGAUAUACAACCCCUGGCUGUGUCUCGUGUUCGAGGCCAUGGAGUCCUUCACGUCGUCCCUCGCCACCACGGCGGCCGUGACGUAUGGCGCGGCGCUCUCCACCUCGUCUACCGACACCAGCGUGCAGGGGCUCAUCGGCGGCCUCUACUACGGAGUCGGCAAGGGCGCCGGGUCGCUGAUCGGCGGCUUCCUCAUGAAGGCCGUGGGCACCCGCAACACGUACCGGCUGUUCGCGGCGGGCUCGCUGGGCGCCGGGCUGCUCUACGCGCUGUUCAACCGCUUCUACCUGCGGCACCGCGGCAAGGACAGGCGGGCCGCCGAGAAGGAGGCCAAGAUGCACAGGAAAGAUCACGAAGCUUGCAUGAUGGCGGAGAUCACCAAAGAGAAGGCCCUGGCCAUCGAGCACCCUGUGAUUAUGAACAACAAGGAGGCCUCCGCGGGUGACGCGGUGCAGCAAAAGAACAACCGGAACUCGGCGCACCUGCAGCAGCAGCCGCCGCCUCAGCCGCCGCAGCAGCAGGCGAGUCCCUCCGCGGAGAAGGCGCCGCUCGCGAGGGUGGCCGCGCUCAGGGACUACGCGAGCUCCGGGGACACGUCGUCCGCGCGGAGGUCCAGCGCGCACUCCCUGGAGGCGCCCGAGACGGGCGACGUGACGGUGCGGCGGCGGAAGUCCUCAGACUGUGGCCCGAGCGCAGCCCCGGCGGCCGCGGCCCUCGACGAGGAGGAGAAGAAGGACAAGGAAGAGGCCGCCGGCCAGGACAGGAGCUGACAGUGCGUCGUGAUUGACUAGAGAUCUCGUAUUUUGAUUGUUCUGAAACGUGAUAUUAUAGCUGUUAGGUGUUGAUUUUAAUUUUUGAUACGCGCGCGCCGGGAGCGCCCGGAUCAAGACAAGGCCCAGGGGCAUCGCUUACAGAGGCCGCCGUGAUGGACACGAAGUGGUGGACAACACUGAUCGACGCCGUGCUAGUCUCGCAAACCUUGCGGGGUUGUUUUUUUAGAACCAGACAGCAACAACAAGAGUGACUCCCAACCCCUGAGAGUAACGUGCGUGUGUUGGUUUUGUUUUUCUCGACUGGCCGGGGAGGGGGGGGCAAUAAAAAGAGGCGAACCGCGGGCAGCGCGGAACGCAAACGCGUGGCUCAGCCAAAGCGGCGAGUGGGAGCAGGACAACCCCCUUUUUGCCCCCGCCCCCUUGCCACCCACGCUCGCCUCACGCGCGCCUCCCACGCUCCCAGGGUGUCAGGGUGCACGAGACGAUUUCUUGCGCAGCUUGGGGCUGGGUGCUGGCUGGCCCCGUUGGCGGGCCUCUGGCUCGGGCCCGCUGCCCCCCUCCAGCGCCCCCCGAUGCACGGCCCCAACCCCGCGCGCCCACGUUUGAAUAGGCGGGCAGGAUGAGUUCCGUGCAUACGUGGACGGGGGCCCGCGGGGUCCGGGUCCUGGGAGGGACGCGCCGACGUGAACGCAUUCCAGCGCAUUCGCAUAACGACGCCCUUUGUCCGGCUCC